AUGUUUGAAAAUACGGAUUCAUCGGAUGAUAAUGAUGAUAGUUUAUCUAAACAAGUUUUACCUACAAUAGAUGAUAACAAUGAUAUGAUUGAUAUGAACAAAAUGCCAACAACUGGAGAAGAAUAUUUGAGACAGGUUCGUUUUGAAGCUUCAAAAUUACCUAAUUUUCAAACAGCAACUAAAACAAAUCAAAAUUUAACAACAUCAUCAAAAUCUAAAAAACAUGCUUGGCUUAAAUUAUUUUCAUCAACAAAUACUAUUCCAGAUGUACCAAUAAAACAUAUUAUAUCAAAUGAUUGGCAAAAUGAACAAUGUCUUGCAUUUUCUAAUGUACGUAAUGAUUUUUUUCAAAUGCGUGAUCAAUUACGAAUAAUAAAUAAAAAAUAUCGUAUUGUAAAAUUAAAAAAUAUAAAUGAUUAUUGGAAAUUUUGUUUUGGUAAUGAUAUUCCAUUUCAAUCUCCAUUAUCAUCAUUAGAAAUUGAUGAACAAUUACAAAUACAAAAUCCACUUCCAACAAUGACAAAAAUGAUUAGUUUAACUCAAGCUUUGUAUAUAUAUGCUACAUUAGUAUCUAUUGAAAAACCUAUCGAUGAAGAUGUUAUGUAUACGAUACGACAAACAUGUAUAGCAUGGAAACAAAUACGAACGAAAUUAUUAAAUCCAAAUGAUAAUGAUUAUCCUGUUGAUGAUACUUUAAUAAAGAUCUGUGAUUUAUUUAUAUGUAUAAUCGGUCGAUAUUUUGGUCAAUUUGAUUUAGCUGAUCGAAAUGAUUAA